GUACUUAGAAAAAGAACAGAAAACCUGCUUAAGAGCACACGUACAGUAGAAGCUGAUGAACAGAUGCCUGUUUUAAGUCAAUUUUCUUUUCUGUUCUAAAGGAAAUUAUUGUUUGUGGUCAUCAGUUGUAUACCACAAAUGUGGCAGAUAGCAAUUAAGUUGAAAAACACUGGAAUAUUCUUUAAUCACACAUUAAAAAUAGGAGCAAUAGAUGUUACAUUGAUGUAAUACUAUCUAAAAUAAUUUGAAAUCACCUUGUUUUCACACAGUUACACAUUCCACAUUAUAAAACACCACACUGUGUGGACAUGGCUUGUAUUGCAUGUUUCCCACACUACAACUAAGACAGCAGAGGUUUGAUUAUCUGAACAUCAUAGCAAGCUACUAAACCCCUGCUGAGGAGUAAAAUGGUGCAGCCCUCUGAUAGUAGCUGUUGGGCCAAGAUAUGAGAAGGGAGUGUCAGAGAGAGGGCAGUAAACAGUGUAACAUGACCUCUGUAAAACUACCCAUAUCACAGUCUCCAUGCCAAGAUUCUGCCCUUACACUGCCCAAAUGUGCCGAGAAGAAAACCUUUUUGUGAGUGAAAGACUCAAAUCUGGUGAAACCUGCUGCAACUUUGAAAAAUUUGUGUGGCACUCUUGGAAACUUUUCCUGCUGUCACUUGUUAUCGUCCCUCGUCUCUCUCCCUGCUCUGGUGUGUUAUGUUAAGUAGCUGCUCUGCUUUCUGUCUCUGGCUCUUUCCUCCUUGGGUUUCAAUUCCAAACAUGGUUAUCCUACUAGAGGUGUCUCACCCCCCUCUCCCCCCAGCUCUCUUGCCCUGUGUUGCCAGCAGUGCUCAGUCCACUGUAGAAGAGACACGGCAGAGAGACAGAAGGAGGACAUAGUAGGAGAUAUAGUGAAAAUUAUAAAGGUGGAGAGGGUGCAAGAAAGAUGGAGAAGCUCAGAGAAUGAAAGCAGCUACAUUCCAGUUGUGUUUUUGAUUGUGGAUAAAGGGAAUAAGGAGCAAAAAGUUCCUUCUCUGUGAACAAGAAGGCAUAAGGAAACAAUCCUUUGACCUGUAUUUGAUUUUGCAUUCUUUGCAAACGCCUUGGCUUUACUUAAAGGGGUUUUUCCAGGAUGCAGCAAACAAGAGCAGUCAUCUGAAGACCUGUUUUGGAGUCAUACUGAGUGAAGCUCUCGUGACUGGAUGUUCUGAGAGCACAGCAUACGCAAAAUGAGUGACGACAACUUAACCGUGUUCGAUACCAUAAUCUAUGGUCACCCACCAUGUGAAGGAUGGUCCAACAGCACAGAAGGUGCCAUGUACCACCUGGGUAACACUAUCCUGUUUUUGGGGUACAUGGGUGGAAGUGGAGCUUAUGGAGCACUUUACAUUUUCAGUUUCCUGGCUCCUGCUUUCCUCUGUCUAGCCCUGUGGGGCUGGAUGUCAGUGUGUGGCCUUGAUGUCUUCAUCUGGAACCUGGUGCUGAUGCUGCAGUGCCUGGUCCAGGUGUGCCACCUGAUAUUUCGGCUGAUGCAGGAUGGUUUGGCCAGCGAGGAGCUUUCUGCCCUCUACUCUGCAGUCUAUCUGCCACUGGAUGUGCCUGUGCAGGUGUUCAAAGAGAUAACUGCGGGCUGUGAGAACAAAGUGCUCUCUCUGGAGGCUGAAGAGACCUACGCUGUAGAGGGAAAAACACCUAUUGACCAGCUCUCCUUUCUGCUCUCUGGAAGGAUUCGAGUGUCUUUAGAAGGGCAGUUCCUUCAUUACAUCUUCCCUCACCAGUUCCUUGAUUCUCCAGAGUGGGAAUCCCUCAGACCAACAGAGGAGGGGAAUUUCCAGGUGACCCUGACUGCAGAGACAAAUUGCCGUUACAUCUCCUGGCGUCGGCGGCGCCUUUAUCUCCUUCUGUCUAAGGAUCGCUACAUCGCUCGUCUCUUCUCGGUAAUGCUGGGUAGUGAUAUUGCAGACAAGCUGUACUCACUCAACGACAAACUCUUUGCCAAGAGUGGUGUACGUCUCGACAUCCGCCUGCCGAGCCUCUACCAUGUUCUUGCACCCUCUCCGCCAAGCAGUGAGAGGGACAGUGCCAGUUCCCCACCCAGGGGGAGCCAUGGGGAUCAGAUGACUGGGACCAUGGAGCCAAUACCUGCCAACCAGCAUGUAGAUGCACCAUCUUCCCAGCAAGGCCAGGAGAAAGACCCGGUGCCCAAACCUCAGGCAUCUCAGCGACAGCCCUGGCCCUCGGACACUGAGAUGCCCUCUGGUGAGGACUCAACCAGCCUAGUCCUGGAGGACUUUGCUGAUAUGAUAGGCUCUCUAGUGGACUAUGGGAGUGAGAGGGAUUAUUUGAAGUAGAAAAUGGGGUGCUGAAGCUAACACACUGGGCCACUUCUUAAGUUACAUAAGGUGAUACUCCUGGAAGGUUUCCACAUCGAUUCCAAAGAGGACGGGCUCCACUGGCUCCCACGGACACCCCGAGGCUCUAAAAAUAGUCUAAUCCAUAAACAAAGCAUACCAUGGUCUGCAGCAGAACUAAAGCCUCACUUAAUCCACUACCAGUGCCUCAUUUCCUCUGUUGUCAUAGGUUAUGUUUAAAUGGGGACAAGUACAAGCACAUUGAAUGGACAGUGCAGGAAGGUUUUAAAAGGAUUUAACUAUUUGAGGAUACUAGUAAAGCAUAAAUAAUCCCUUCUCCUGGUCGAGCUCAACAAAGCCAAAAAGUUUUGUUACAGCCAAUUCCAUAUGCUACCAUUACAGUAUUUUUUGUUAUUGUCAACUAUUUUUGCUCAUUGUUGUUAGGUCUGUAGACACUGUAGCUUUAUUUCACUUGUGAUGUUUCACUUCACAUUACACAUGCUUAGAAGUCACUGUGCUUCUUCCUUUCCUCACAUCACACUGUGUGCUUUUGCAUUUUAUUUACAACAUAUGAUAAAUCAUGAGCGGAAAGCAAACACUACAACAGCAUACACUGACUUACACUGUCUUUAUUUUACCACAUUAAAUCACUGUAUUUUCUUGGGGCCAAUUUUCUUUAAUAAAUACACAUCACAGUCUGCAGUUUCAUUGCCUGCAGUAGAUAAGGCCUUACAUUGCCCCUUGCCAAGAAUUAUGGACACCCUUAAAAAAGACUACCAAGAAAGGCUAUGGAAAAUAUGUUUAUAAAUAAAUAUAUCUUUGUGUUUUAGCAGCUUAAUCUUGUACUGGGAACAUCAGAGAAAUCUAACUUUUCAGUAAAAAAGAAAAUAUUAAAAUAAAACAGAUCUAUGAGUCUUUCUCAAAAGCAUAAUUAUUUCUUUUAACCAUAAAAAUGUAUACCAACAAACUAUUGUUGUCAAACCACAGGUGUAAGCAUGGGGAGUUUGGAAUUUGCCGAACUCGAAACUGGAUCUGGGUUCUAUGGCCAUAGAUGAGAAAAAAUGCAUUUUUGCAACAAAUAUAUGAAGUAAGCUUUGACAUAUAAAGAGUCAAGGUAGAAAAGAAUCUGAUCCCAAAUGAAGUAUGGUGGUGGAUGCAUGAUGCUGUGGAGCUCAGGGUCCCAGGGAAUAUUGUUAAGGAUAUACAACAUCAUCAACCAAAUAUUUAAUACUUGUCUUGGGUAUUUUUUCCUUAUAAAAUUGAUAAAGUGUGUGAUCCAGCUGCUAAACUGUUAAACAAUAAAAAUGGUCUUUUCAUAGCAUUUUUUGCUCAUCUUCACCAGACGUGUCAAUAAUUUGGCACAGUUUUAUACUUUUUAAUUACAGAAUGUUCUGUAGGCACAAUAUAUAGGUUUAAAUAUAGCCACUGUAUAUGGUAUCUCGUUAGAAUAAUCCAAUAUGUAAGAAACAGCUACUGACACAUUAACAGUUAGUGUUCAUGUUAACCAUGUUGCAAUAUUUGAGAUUAAACAGAAGAAACCAACAAAACUGAGCUCCAGUAAUUUACCAGUGGUAAAUGUCCUAAGUACUACUCUGUGAUAUUUAAUUGCAGACAAGCGAUAUUGACAACUAAUGCAUUUGUACAUGGUAUUUCACACAUUAUACAUGUAAAAUAUGAGAUGUUAAUAGAACACUUUAAUAAAUGCUCUUGACAUUA